AUGAUAUUAAAUUUCCUACUCUUCCUAAUUCAAAAAUCUCUCAGCUUAUGUGAAACUUCCCACUACUUCACUGAGUGCGAUACCAAUAAUACAAGAUCAGCAAUAUUUUACCAAGAAGAUUGCAAUUCUACUGCAUUGUCCCCAAUUCACAAUCUUCCAUGCAAUAAAGUAUGCGAAGCAGGGUAUAAACUUGACAUCAUUAAUCAAACUUUAGCAUGCUCCCCAUGUCCAGCUGGUUCUUAUAGCACUGGAGGUGGAAUCCGGUAUGGCGAGGACGGAUCUGAUUGGAAUUCAUCUUAUAGAUAUUUGAAAAGGAAUUGUUGGGUACUAAUGGGACUCGACUGAGUCAAAGGUGAUAGAUGCUCAAGCUGGCAUACCGAAAAUGGAAUUCUAGUCUCUGGCAAGCCAGAUGUAGCCAAUUUUUUUGAAGACGAGCUUGUUUUAUCUGCCCGACUUGUUACAAAUGGAGUUCUCACUUAUAAAUACAGAAAAAUCACCCAAAAAGCCAAUGGAUUUAUAAACGGGGACUGGUUUGUCUACCUAAACGGUGAGCAAAUACAAUCAAAUAGCCAUUUAGGCGAAAACAGCUGGGUUGUUAAAAAUUUUACAAUUCCUGCAGGAUCUCAUGAAAUUGCAUUCGCUUAUCAAGCGUUUUUUCAGCAUUUAACUGAUGAUUUUCAUGCAGAAAUUUCGUUUAUUGAGCUUACAGGCCUCGAAUAUGCUUCAACUUCAUGUGAGAAAUGCUUAAAAGGGUCAAGCUCAGAAGGAUCGUCAGCUUGUAAUAUUUGUGACUUUAACACUUACUGAAAUGGGGCUUCCUGUGAAGAUUGUCCUCCUGAUAAAUAUUCUUUAAAAGGUUCAGUGGGUAUUAAUUCUUGUUUACUCUCUCUAACCCUUCAUGAGCAAGUAAAAUUUUUACAAAAUCUUGGAAAUUGUUUUUUCAAACUUAAAAAAAUCACAGUCACAAAAAUUUGAAAGAAAAAUAAUUUAAUAUAAAGUUUAUGCAAUAAUUUAAAAUUAAACAUUUUAUUAUAAUAAUUAUCAUCUAUAUAUAAAAAAUUUAUAAAUCAAAAUUUUAAUUUAAAAAAAAUAUAAUUGCUGACUCAUAGAUAAUGAUUUUUCCUUAAAAUAUGAAUUGUAAUGGUUCUGCUAAUUCACAGAGCAACUGGAGUUAGAAAGGCAGCCUUGUGGGUUUGAAGAUAUAACCAGCAAUUACACAGAAUGCGAAAAUGGGAAGAGGACCAAAAAAUAUUAUUGGAAACAGCCAAUCCUCUGCAAUUAUAUGGCAGCAAGCCUACCGAGUGAAAUAGAUGGAUUGUUAUGUGAAGAUUGUCCAAUUGGGUACCAUCAGCAAGCUAUUUCUAAUAAUUCAAAUAUUACGAAAUGCUAUCCUUGUAAAUUAGGAUUUUAUAUGACCCAAAAUCUGACUUGUGAAGAAUGUGGAAUAGGAGAAAUUUCUAAUAGCAUUUUAUUGAUAGAGCGAUGGGAAACCCUCCCAGAUGGUUUUAAAACUAAAUGCAUAAACUCAGCUGGAGAGGGAUGCCUUACCAGUUCUGGAUGAAUUGCAAAUGAAACUUAUAUCACGACGGGCACUUCUCUUGACAAUUUAUCAGAAGUUUCAUUAUCUAAGUUUAUUAAUAUUACGAACUUGACUGGGAAAAUUGAAUUCUUUUAUGUUAGUCUUGACAUGCAAGGGUUAUUUAAUUUUUAUAUUAAUGGGAUUUUGAAAUCUUCAAAUCAAGUUAGCGGGAGAUAUAAAGAAUCCUAUGAUUUAUUACCUGGGGGAAAUGAACUUGAGUGGAGAUAUAGAACUAGCAAAGAUGGUGGAGAAAUAAGGAUUUAUGAUAUGACGAUUGAAGGAAGUGAUGAAGGAGCUUCUGUGGAGUGCAGCAAAUGCCCAGAUGGCUUUAUAAGUGUGAGCAAUAUACAUAAAAAUGGUGACGACAGACCACCCGACCUCUCGACCCUAUUUCUUCAACAUCCGCAGGCAACGGCCCAGUAUUGGAGAUUUAGGUGGAAAGGGGCCGGUAAUCCUUUAUGUAUAGUCGGGCUGGAUUUUUCUUCGAGCCCGAGGAGCUAAUUCUCGGACUUGGAGUUUUUCCUCCAGGACAACCAUUGGAAAGGGCAAGGUCGGCCAAUGUCUGAAGGGCAAUAUGACCCUCAGACCCUGAAGACGGUUUUGCCUAACGAGAAACUGGGAGUUUCGACCCAGGUGGUUGGCCCUUAGACUCCAGAAGCCAUGGAAGUCAAGACUGGUCGAGCGAAUCCCUUGUUUGAUGCAACAAGGAGGGUGUCCGCCGGGGCUCCUCAGGAGCGAUGAGCGUAUAGGGUGCAAAUCCUGGCCCUGCAAGGCCAACGGCUUAACUUUAAUUUAAUAAGUGUGAGCAGCCACACGUCGUGCAUUGCAUGUCCAGCUGGAUUUUCUUCAAAUUCUGAUAAUUCUGAAUGCAUGAAAUGUGACAGAGACUAUUAUAGCUACUCUUCUGGUCAAGCAUGCCAAAAAUGCCCUGCAAAUAGUUAUUCAAAUACUAAUAACACUGCAUGUCUAGGAAAUGACUAUUUAAUUCUCCCUACAAAAUCAUUUUAUCUAAGAAAUCUGACAGGGAUUUCAAAUAUUGAGCAAACAUAUACUGAUGGUCUUUGCAGCCGUGACAGUUUAAAGCUGUACUGUUACCAGACUUUUUAUGGCCCAAUCCCUGGAAAUCAAUCAGAGCUUUACAUUUCAGUUUUAAAUCCCUCAGUUUUGUCUCUCCCUGACUAUGAAUAUUACUACCAGACUUCAUUAGGCUAUGCAUUUACAUUAGUUACUCUAGAUUCCCCACAAACAAAAAAUAAUAGCGUAAAUACUUGUUAUAAAGAAAAUACAGCAAUUUUUAAUGCAGGGAGAAAUAUCGAAAAUAUCACUGAAACAGCUUAUGGGUUUGACGUUCAAUAUAGCCAAGGGGAUAUUUGUAACGAAAAUGGGGAUAGGUUUAGUGUUUUUAUAGAGUUUGUGUGUAAUAAAAGGGAAGGAGGAGGCUGGCCAAUGUUAGUUAGUAGAGGAGAAUGCAGUUGGAAUUUUAGAUGGAAAUCGAGAUGGGGAUGCAAAAUUUGUAGUGAAGAAGAGAUGAUUGUGGUAAAAACUAUGUGCAUGAACGGAAAAAGGAUGAUUGAAAAAAUGGAAGGGAAAAAUUGCAUAAUUCCUUCAGAUUAUCAGGUUGAGACGUCGGGAGAAGACUGCUCUUUAUCUAAAGAAAUUUUGUAUACGCUUCCAGUGCUUAUUGGUCUAGGCACUAUAAUACUGCUGCUAAUGGCUAUAGGGCUGCUUACUUAUUACUGCUAUAGGUUUAAAUCUAGAUAUCAAAGACUAAUAGAUGCUAGGGAGCUUUAA